ACGAUCCUACAACGCAACCGUCAAAAUGCGUCAACAAUUUUCAUCCAUCGCCCUGUGCUUGAUCGUCCUCCUCUUCACGACCUUUGUCCUCGCCAACCCAAUCUCCGAAGCUUCUUCUCCCAACCCUGCACUGAGACUGCCCAAGCGUUCAGCUUGCAGCAACGGCAUAAAGACCAAUUGUGGUUCUGCAAGUGUUGGGUGCUCCGGAUCUCAAUGCACUGUUUGCUGUGGCACUUGUUGCCAAUGCUUCACUGCCCGACUGCAGCGGGAAAUGUGGUGCGGGAGGCAGCUCAUCCUCGACUGGAAGCAGUUCUUCCUCUACUGGAAGUUCAAAGUCGAGUGGAAAGAGUCUACUUUGCAGGUUGUUCAAAUAUGGAUGCUAGAGCAUGCGCAAGUCAGGUCUCAUAUCAACGUAGAUGCUAUGUA